UUGCUUUUCAAUUUUGUAGCAACACCUUCGAAUCGCUGAAUCCAACGGUUCAAAAUGUUAAAAGGAUUCGCCCGACGAUUUUCGCGUCGCCUGGGAAACGUAUGGAAACUCUUGUCCGCCGAUGAAGUGGAUGACAGUAUAUUUGACAAAGAAAAGAAUCUUUAUAAACGUGGAAUCAUCAAAGCAUCUGGGGCGCUAGACUUGUUUGAAUCAGAAGUCAUAAGUGGAUCGGAGUUAGUGGAGGCGAUUGACAAGAUGGGAAAUUUAGCAUACGCUGGAGGGCCACCAGCAACAAAGUGCGCGGGAACAUAUCUCCCGAAGUUUGUCGAAUUAUUGAGCAAAGGCGAUAUCAGAGCGGAUGUAAAGGUGUCAAUAUUGAAAGCAAUCAGCAUCAUCACAAUAAACCAUUUGGAGCAUCAGGACCAAUGCGAAUCCCUUGGUCUGCUUCGACAAGUGAGUGGUAUAAUUUGCGACAGCGAAUCAUCUGAAUGUCUUUUACUAUGGGCCAUUUACUGUUUACAUAACAUUAUUGUUGGCAAUAUCAGAAAUAUGCAGAUAAUAGCCGAAGACAAAGCGAUCCACGAAUCCAUAGUAAAAGCAAAAAGUUUGAACUGGACAGCAUUUUUGUAUAAUUAUGCUACAGCCGUUAUCAAGUUAGUCAAUAUAGAACUUCAACCGAAGACAGAUUUUAAGUCAGUUGAGAAGCCUAAUGUAACGCCGGACUCUCAGUCGUCUUCAAAAGACGACUCUUCAGAAAAUGCUAUUCCUUCGUUUCAUGAUACGGAAAAUGGUGUUUUAGUUGAAACCCCAGCUAAAUAAAACUAUUCAA